AUGACCACGACUGCCACCCUUCCCGCCACUCUGCCAGCCCUGUCGGUUCAAGAGCUGACGUUUGAGCCCUUCGCCCUGCCGGCGAGCAACCAACGCUCUCUCGGGGCCCCCCACCCGACGGCGCCAUAUCCCGUAUCCGCUCCCUCCAAUCCACCAACACGCUUACCUCGCUUGGCGAGACAUGGCGCCCUCCUGUUCCGCGACUUGCCCAUCACCUCGGCCCACGAUUUCAGCGCCUUUGCACACGCGUUCGGCUAUUCCCGCCAUGAGAUUGUCGGCAUCGUAGUCGAGAGGGCCGAGCUCGCGCCAAACGUCGCACCAGCUAAUGAGAGUCCCCCUCACGUCACAAUCUACAACCACAACGAGAGCCCGCAAGUACCCCAUGCCCCUGGGUAUAUCUUCUUCUAUUGCCACACAGCGCCCAAAGAGGGAGGGGAGACGCCCAUUUCAUCCAGUGCCGAGCUGUAUGCGCGGGCACGUAUCGAGAUCCCAGGACUGGUGGAGGAUCUGGAGCGACUCGGCGUCCUCUCCACCAUUCGAUAUCGGGAAGAGGCGCAGUAUCGGGGCGGGAGCACGCUGCACCAGGCAUUUGGGAAGGAGUGGGCAGAGGGUGACUCGGACGAGGUCAAGAGGCGAAAAGUAGAGGACCAGAUUCGACGAUACGGUCGUGGCAAGUAUACUUCCUGGACGUGGAGUGGGGGCGAACUCGAAGUGCGCCAUCACAUUCCUGUACUCCGCCAACAUGUCCACUUCCCGGUCCUGUUUACUCAGUUGGCUAGCGUAUAUGUCCGCACCCUUGCUGGCGAGGCGACGAGCCGGAUCACGACUCUGUCGUAUGGUGACGGCACGGCUAUCCCGACAGAGUAUUUGGCCAAACUCAAGGGCAUCACCGACGAUAUUCGGGUCCUCCAUCGCUGGGAGAAGGGCGAUGUGCUUGUUUACGACAACGUGGUUGCGCAACACGGGCGCGAACCCUGGAAAGGUGGGCAGGGGGACCGCGUCGUCCUCGCUAGUUUGUUUGAUGGGCCUAUUCCGGGACCGUAUGGCGGCGAAGAGUGGGAGCAGCUCGUGCCGUUGCGCGAUUAG